AUGGAUGUAGAGAUCCCGAUGGAAGAGGGGGAGCCACUGGGAGCAACGCCUAACGAUAAGCUUGUCAUUACCAAAGUACAAGGUGGAACAAUUGCUGAUGGUAAACUUAGGAUUGGUGAUCAGAUUAUCAAAGUGAACGGUCAAUCAAUUUCUGAUCAGAAUAGCUUCUUUAGAGCACUUCGUUAUGCUCCACCCAUAGCUAGACUUACUAUUAUCAGAUGA